AUGAGAGUCGAGACUUGUUAUUUCUGCUCCCGGCCCACGUACCCGGGCAAGGGCAUAAUGUUUGUGCGAAACGACAGCAAGACCUUUCGAUUCUGCCGGAGCAAAUGUCACAAGAACUUCAAGAUGAAGCGCAACCCCCGCAAACUCAAGUGGACCAAGGCCUUCCGCAAGGCGGCCGGCAAGGAGAUGUUGGUCGACUCGACGCUGCUCUUUGCGGCACGCCGCAAUGUGCCGGUGCGGUACAACCGGGAGCUUGCGACCAAGACGCUUUCUGCCAUGGACCGCAUCGCGGAGAUCCGGCGUCGCCGCGAGCGCGCAUUCUACAAGCAGCGCAUGUCGGGCAACCGCAAGCGCGAGCUGCUGGCGGCACGGAAGCUGGUUCUGGAGCAUGGCCACCUGCUCAAGGAACUGCCGAAACGGCCGAUCCACAACAAGGUGUCGCACAAGGAAAGCGAGAAGCAGUCGGAGCUGCUGGAGGAGGACGAACUGGAGGAGAGCUUGACCGCCGGCAAAAUCAAGGCACGCAAGGUGGUGCGGCAACGCAUCACGGCCGACGGCGACUUGGAGCUCGAGGAAGAGACCGUGGCCGACGUCUCUGGCCUGCUGGACGACGAGGACGAGGACGAGGACGAGGGCGAGGACGACGACAUGGACAUGGACUAG